AACUCUAUCUAUAAACAACUUAGCUUCUUCUUAUCUCAUAUUAACACAAACUCUUCUCUCUCUCUCUUUCUCUCCAUAUUUUUCACCUCAAAUCUCUCAAAUAUCCAUUUUUAUUAUUUUUAGAUUGUUAGUUUUGUUUUCUUUCUAUUUCUCUAAUAAGAGAAAUCAAAAACAAAAACAAGAACAAACAAGAAGAAGAAGAAGAAUUUAUAUACUAAAUGGGUUUGAUUAUGUCUAAAGACAUUGCUAAUUUGAUUCUUUCAACUCUUUUCCAUGAAAAAGAAUGUGGUAAACUCAUGGUUUCUCGUUCUGGAAGACUCUUACAAAGAUAUGAUAAAGAGGGUUUAAGACAAGUUGUUGGAUGUGUACCGUACAGAUUUACCAAGAGAAAAAGUGAUGAAUUUUCUUGUGUGGAAGACUUAGAAGUUCUUUUGAUUAGUUCACAAAAAAGUCAAAGAAUGAUGUUCCCAAAGGGUGGUUGGGAAAGUGAUGAAAAUAUGGAAGAUGCAGCUUUAAGAGAGACAAUAGAAGAAGCUGGUGUAGUUGGAAAAAUUGGGGUAAGUAAUAAUAAUUUCUAUUCAAAAUUAUAUCUUUUUUAUGAUCAAAGGCUCAAUUUUUUAGUGAUUAUGAUUUUUGUUCUUAUUAUGUUUAUUGUUAUGUAUUUUUUGUUACAGAAAAUUUUGGGUAAAUGGCGUUAUUUGAGCAAAAGAGAGAGCAUAGUUCAUGAGGGUUACAUGUUCCCUUUACUUGUUAGUGAAGAGUUAGAUCUUUGGCCCGAAAAGAACCUUCGAAAUCGCCAAUGGGUAUGUCGAAAUGAGAUCAUUCUUGCUAAUUUCAUGCUAUAAAACUUGUGUUGAAAAUUGUUUUUCUAAAGUUUUUAUUUUUUUUGGUUUGUUUUAGAUGUCUGUUGCUCAAGCUAGAGAAGCAUGUCAAUCAUUGUGGAUGAGAGAAGCUUUAGAUGAAUUAGUUGCUAGACAAAUGAACCUUAAACAAAAUGAAGAGAAGAAGGUUGAGGAGGCGAAAUGUACAUAAGAAGGCCACCCGAUGUUGCCCACCGAAAUUAAAUCAAUUUCGGUUUUACAUCAAGGGAGAUGGAGGAGGGUGUGGAGAUUUGCCAAGAGAAAUCAAUCAUUGAUCUUCACAUGAGAAAACUCGAAAAAGGGUGUCUUCCUAGAAAUCUCGAAGCUCGAAAAAUCGCCACAACAAGUUGAAGAGAUGGAAUUGUGAAAACUUAAAAUGAAACUCUAAAACACUCCAUUGCUCAAGAAGAAAUCAAAGUGUGGAGAUGGGAAUUGUGAUGAAGAAAAAUCGGGUGAUUCGGGUGUCUCCUCCCUUCGAAAAACUCGAAUUGAAAGGUCAUGAAUUGAGGGGGCCAUUCAUGGCUUUUCAUAAGCAUAUCCAUGUUUGGUUUGCUGAGUUUCUUCUGGUGUUGUUAACAAUGCUUCUAUCAAAAAGUGGAUUGUGAAAUCAGAACAAAGCUUAAAACUUUCCACUCCCUAUUAAUAAUUAAAUCAUUCAAUUCAUUUAAUUUGAUUAAUUGUGAAUCUGUGAUUAUUUCCUUUGUAGUCUUUCUCUAAAUCAAAUCAAAUCAAGGGGAAUCCUUUUGCUGAAAUGAAGAAAAACUAAGCAUUAAAUUAAAA